AUGACAGAAAAAUCAUUUGUGAGUAGUCCUCUAGUGAGGGACUCUGUUCUAUUGGUACCCAAGCCGCUUACGUCAAGACCUUAUACUUGGCCAUUUUUUCCAUUAUAUGGUACUUUUGCUCAUAUUUACUUCCGUCAAUAUGAUCGUUAUAUCAAGGGGCCUGAGUGGACUUUCGUUUACCUCGGCGCACUUAUUUCUUUGAACAUUUUAGUUCUUUUAAUGCCUGCUUGGAAUGUGAAGGUUGCAUCCAGGUUUAAUUACGAUACUGUGAGAACUAUUAAUGAAGCAACUCACAUCCUUAUCUAUACCACUCCAAACAAUGGUGCCGAUGAUAUUGUCGAAAUACAGAGAGUCAGUGAAUCUGGUACUCUACAGACUUUCUUUCAAUUUCAAAAGAAAAGAUUUUUAUGGAAUGAAGAUGAACAGCUCUUCUCAUCUCCAAAAUUUUUGGUUGACGAAUCUCCAAAGAUAAGAGACUUUCAGCAAUGUAAGGGCCAUUCUGGUGAUCUAACCCACGAAAAAAGAUUAUAUGGUGAAAAUUCUUUUGACAUUCCUGUCCCAACUUUUAUGGAAUUAUAUAAAGAGCACGCUGUUGCACCAUUAUUCGUUUUUCAAAUUUUCUGUGUUGCCUUGUGGCUAUUAGAUGAAUUCUGGUACUUUUCCUUCUUCAAUCUGUUCAUGAUUCUCUCAAUGGAAGCCGCUGCUGUCUUUCAACGUUUACAAGCGUUAAAGGAGUUCAGAACAAUGGGUGUCAAGCCAUACGAUAUUAAUGUUUAUAGAGAUGGUCAAUGGAUUACAACUAAAACCGACCAAUUACUACCUAUGGAUCUAGUUUCUAUUACCAGAACAGCUGAAGAUUCUGCUAUGCCAUGUGAUUUAAUUCUUGUUGACGGCGCAUGUAUCGUCAAUGAAGCAAUGUUAUCCGGUGAAUCUACUCCAUUAUUAAAGGAAUCGAUCAAGUUACGUCCUUCAGAGGACGACCUACAAUUAGAUGGUCUCGAUAAAAUCUCUGUUUUACAUGGUGGUACUAAAGUAUUACAAGUUACUCCUUCUGAACACAAACAUAACAACAUCCCAGCUCCUCCGGAUGGAGGGGUCUUAGCUGUUGCUACAAAGACAGGUUUUGAAACUUCUCAAGGUUCUUUAGUCCGUGUUAUGAUUUACUCGGCUGAACGUGUUUCUGUCGAUAACAAAGAAGCUUUAAUGUUUAUCCUAUUCCUCUUGAUUUUUGCUGUCAUUGCCUCAUGGUAUGUCUGGGUCGAAGGUACUAAAAUGGGUAGAAUCCAAUCCAAAUUAAUUCUAGACUGUAUCUUAAUUUUAACCUCCGUCGUCCCACCCGAACUUCCAAUGGAAUUAACUAUGGCUGUUAACAGUUCUUUGGCUGCAUUAUCUAAAUUUUAUGUCUAUUGUACAGAGCCUUUUAGAAUCCCAUUUGCUGGUAGAAUUGAUGUUUGUUGUUUCGAUAAAACAGGUACUCUUACUGGGGAAGAUUUAGUUUUUGAAGGUUUAGCUGGUCUUACAGCAGGCGAAGAAAAUGUUCACCACUUAUAUAAAACCGAUGAAGCUCCUGAAAGCACCAUUUUAGUCAUUGGUGCAGCUCAUGCCCUAGUGAAAUUGGAUGAUGGUGAAAUUGUCGGUGAUCCAAUGGAAAAAGCUACUUUGAAGGCAAUGUCAUGGAAAGUUGAAGGUAAAGAUGUUACGACUAGAGAAAAUACAGGUAAACUCCAAAUUUUACGUCGUUUCCAAUUUUCUUCUGCUUUAAAAAGAUCAUCCUCAAUUGCUAACUACAACAACAGACUUUUUUCUGCAGUUAAAGGUGCUCCUGAAACUAUUCGCGAGAGAUUAACUUCUGUCCCUGAAAAUUAUGAUAGUGUAUACAAGUCCUUUACCCGUGCUGGUUCUAGAGUCUUAGCUCUUGCAUCUAAAGAAUUACCAAAGAUGUCCCAAGGUAAAAUUGAUGACUUAGAACGUGAAGAUGUUGAAUCUGGUUUAGAAUUUAACGGUUUUUUGAUUUUCCACUGUCCUUUGAAGGAUGACGCCAUUGAAACUAUCAAAAUGUUAAAUGAAUCAUCUCACCGUUCUAUAAUGAUUACUGGUGAUAAUCCCCUAACCGCUGUCCAUGUCGCCAAAGAAGUCGCUAUUGUCGAUGGAGAAACUUUAAUUCUAGAUAAAGUCAAUGAAGCUUCUGAUGAUAAUAUAUUAAUUUUCCGCAACGUGGAAGAAACUAUUUCCAUUCCUUUUGAUCCUUCUAAGGACAGUUUUACUAAGGCUGAAAUAUUUGAUAAGUAUGAUGUUGCUGUAACCGGUUAUGCUCUCUCUGCUCUAAGCGAUCAUGAAGAAUUGAGGGAAUUGAUUCGCCAUACUUGGGUCUAUGCGCGUGUUUCACCAAGUCAGAAAGAAUUCAUUUUGAAUGAACUAAAAGAUAUGGGAUAUCAAACAUUGAUGUGUGGUGAUGGUACAAAUGAUGUCGGUGCUUUGAAGCAAGCUCAUGUUGGUAUUGCUCUACUAAACGGUACCGAGGAAGGUUUGAAAAAAAUUGCUGAGCAACGUAGAAAUGAUAAUAUGAAGGCCAUGUAUGAAAAACAGCGCGCUUUCGUUGUUAAAUGGGGUCAGCCUGAACCUCCACUUCCUGAAUUAAUUGCUCAUUUAUACCCCCCUGGUCGUAAUAAUCCGCAUUAUUUGAAAGCUAUCGAAAAAAUGGGAACUGUAAUCACUCCUGAAAUUAGAAAGAAGGUUGCUGAGGCCAACGCAAAACCAAUUGAGGUAAAACCCGUUGAAGGUACACCUGCUAAACCAAGUGGUAAAGAAUUAGCUUCUAUGCUUUUAGAUAGAGCCGGGGAAGCUGAAAGUGAAGAGGCUCCAACUUUGAAACUUGGUGAUGCAUCUUGUGCGGCACCCUUCACAUCUAAAUUAGCCAACGUUUCUGCUGUCACAAACAUCAUUCGUCAAGGUCGUUGCGCUCUUGUCAACACAAUCCAAAUGUAUAAGAUCUUAGCACUAAACUGUUUGAUUAGUGCAUACUCUUUAUCUAUUAUCUAUAUGGCUGGUGUUAAAUUUGGUGAUGGUCAAGCAACUACUUCAGGUAUCCUCUUAUCCGUUUGUUUCUUGAGUAUUUCUCGUGGUAAGCCAAUUAAAAAACUAUCUAAGCAAAGACCACAAAAAGGUAUUUUCAAUGUAUACAUUAUGGGGUCAAUUCUUUCCCAAUUUGCCGUGCAUAUUGGAACCUUAGUCUACAUUACAACGGAGAUUUACAAAUUGGAGCCAAGAGAACCACAAGUUGAUUUAGAAAAGGAGUUUGCUCCAUCAUUAUUGAAUACUGGUAUCUUCAUCAUACAAUUAGUUCAACAAGUUUCUACAUUUGCUGUUAACUACCAAGGUGAACCAUUCAGAGAAAACAUCAGAAAUAACAAAGGCAUGUGGUAUGGUCUAUUGGGUGUUACCGGAUUAGCUUUUGCUAGUGCCUCCGAAUUCAUGCCAGAAUUGAAUGAAGCAAUGAAGUUUGUACCAAUGGAUGAUCUAUUCAAAUUCAAAUUGACUACGACUUUAGCCGUUGAUUUUGCCGGCUGUUGGGCUGCAGAACAAUUUUUCAAAUAUAUGUUCAUGGAUGACAAGCCAGCUGAUAUCACAAUUCACAAAGUCAAAAUCGCGGCUUGA